UGGACAGUCUUGUCUACGAGUCGGACAAGUGAAGUUCGAUCACGAUGCUGUUAACAUUUACUUUGCUGGGCGUGGCACUGGCGCUAGCCUACAAUUUCUACCGGAAUACCUAUAGCUACUGGGAAAGAAAAGGAGUGCCAAGUGAACGCCCACUCCCGCUGUUAGGCAACGUGAAAGGAAUUGGAACCAAGUACCAUUUUCGGGAUAUUAACCAAAGGAUCUACGAUAAGUUCAAGGGAUGCGCACCUCUUGCGGGAAUGUUCACAUUCUUUAAGCGGACCGCUCUCAUCAUUGAUCUGGAUUUGAUCAAGCAAGUGCUGAUCAAAGAUUUCAAUUACUUUCAAGAUCGCGGAGUGUUCCAUAAUGUGCGAGAUGAUCCGUUGACGGGUCACCUGCUGACCCUGGAGGGCGACGAGUGGCGUUCAAUGAGGCAGAAGCUGACGCCUGUUUUCACCUCUGGCAAGAUCAAGCAUAUGUCUGGUGUGGUCGUUGAGGUUGGCCAUCGUCUGGCCGAAGCCAUGGACAAGGCCGUGAGUGCUGCCGUUGUGGAUGAUGGCGAUGUGGAGAUCAAGGAUAUUUGUGCUAGAUUUACGACCGAUGUCAUUGGCACAUGUGCAUUUGGACUGGAGUGCCACAGUCUGAGCGAUCCCAAUGCCGAAUUCCGCUCAAAGGGCAGAAUGAUCUUUGAGAAGCCUCGCCAUCCACCAAUAGUGCAAUUUUUUAUCUUUACAAAUGCCAAAUUGGCCAGAAAAUUGCGCAUGAAACUGUUACCCGACGAUCUAUCGGAGUUUUUUAUGAAUGCGGUAAGAAACACCGUCGACCAUCGCAUAAAGAACGGCAUCAAGCGAAACGAUUUUCUCGAUGAGUUGAUUGAGUUGCGUGCCGAGAACGAAGAGGCCGCCAAGCAAGGCAUGGCAAUUGAUCUGUCCACGGGCCUGACUAUCGAGCAGAUGGCUGCCCAGGCUUUUGUGUUCUUCGUAGCUGGAUUCGAGACAUCUUCGAGCACAAUGGCCUACUGUUUGUAUGAGCUGGCGCUGCAGCCCGAUAUUCAGCGGCGUGUCCGAGAGGAAAUCGAGACUGUUCUCAGGAAUAUGGAAGAUGGCAAGCUAACAUACGAUGCAUUAGCAGAGAUGAACUAUCUGGACAAAGUCUUAGCAGAAACACUUCGGAAACAUCCCAUUAUUCCACAACUGAUACGAGAGGCAAAUCAGAACUAUAAAGUCCCCAACACGGACAUCACCAUUGACAAGGGCACAACCAUAUUAAUACCUGUCCACAAUAUUCAUCACGAUCCGGAAAUAUAUCCGGCACCCGAUCGUUUCGAUCCGAGUCGCUUCGAGGCGGAUCAGGUGAAGUCUCGCCAUCCGAUGGCCUACUUGCCCUUUGGGGACGGACAGCGUAACUGCAUAGGACUGCGAUUUGGCAAGCUACAGGCUAAGAUUGGCCUGGUGUCACUGCUGCGACGCUUCAGGUUCGGCAUCUCCAAACGUACCGAAACUCCACUGAUUCUAGAUACCAAAGCGUUUACUUUAACCACGAAGCAUGGAAUUCACCUGAAAGUGGAGCGUAUCCAAUAGCUGAUAGCUUUCUAACAAAUAAAUAAAGCCUUCUGUUUAUG